GAAAGACGUUGCUGUGUAAAGUUGGGAGUUUUCCCUGAAACUGCGAAAUUGUAAUUAACACUUCACCAGAAUCUGCCAGCAUGACUUCUCCAUCUAGGAGGCUACAGACCAAACCUGUUAUAACAUGUCUGAAGACCUUCCUCAUCUCGUAUAGCCUCAUAUUUUGGUUCACAGGGGUCAUCCUGCUGGCAGUUGGCGUAUGGGGGAAGGUGAGCCUUGAAGCCUACUUGUCCUUGGCCACAGAAGAAAGCACCAACGCCCCCUAUGUCCUCAUCGGAACCGGCGCCAUCAUCGUCAUCUUCGGCUUGUUCGGCUGUUUUGCCACCUGCCGUGGUAGUCCCUGGAUGCUCAAGCUGUAUGCCAUGUUCCUGACCUUGGUAUUCUUUGCUGAACUUGUGGCAGGCAUCUCUGGUUUCCUCUUCAGACAUGAGAUAAAAGGUACAUUAGAAAAAACAUACAAAAAUGCUGUACAGACGUACAACAGCACCAGCCCUCAAAGCAAAGCAGUCGACACCAUCCAGACAAAUCUACAGUGCUGUGGGGUGAAGAGCUACACAGACUGGGCAAGCACGGAAUACUUCAGAGAGCACGGCAUUCCCAUGAGCUGCUGCAACAGGACCAGCAACUGCACCCCCGACGUCCUCAAAGACAUGGACAAGGCUGCCGCAGAGGUUUACAGUACGGGCUGUUUCUCACUGUUGACUAAUGUGAUGGAGUCCAACCUGGGAAUUAUAGCUGGGAUCUCCUUUGGCAUAGCUUUCUUCCAGCUCAUUGGAAUCUUCCUGGCUUGCUGCUUGUCCCGGACCAUUACAAACAACCAGUAUGAGAUGGUCUAGCAGUACCCGGCCGCAGGGUACCGACAGAAUCAGCUCCGGCUGGAAGCUGCCUUAACGGGAACCCCUCUUCUUCUACAUGUGUUUUCCUUAGGCAUUUCAUUUUAAGAAAACUUGCUGCUUUCUAAGACCAUACCUGAUUUCUCAAUUACUUCUAUAAUGAAGGGAAAAAAAACAGAUAAUUACUAUAAAGAUCAGAUUUUUUUGUGGAGUUCUCUGUAGUACAUCUGUGUACUACGUGUGCAUGUGUCAUUUCUGCAAGGCGCUUUUAUUUAGUGCCGGACUUUUGAAAUUGAACUAAUUUUUGACUGAAGCUGUAUUUAAAGUCACUUUUCUCUAAGCUUUCUCAAAAACAGUGUCACAAAAAACAUGAGAAUGGUUUUGUUCUCAGUGCCACACAGUUUGGUGGUUUGACUUUUGACUCAUUUUUCUUUUUAAAAAUGCCCUUUCUGUUAAUGGGCUGCCUUGUGAUAUGAUAUAAGCUUAAGGAGCCAUGCAUUUCACUUGCACCACAGUAAUGAUUUUCCCACACAGCAAUGUGAAAACACCAGCAAACCACCUCUCUCUCUCUGAAGUCAGCCCUGCAUGUUAAGAUUAGAAAUGAAAGGACAUAAAGGGAAAAGAAAGCCGUGUUGAGGCUGUUAAAUGUUUUUAAGGGAAGCAAAUUAAUGUGCCAUAAACUGGUGGUCAGUAUGUGCCUGUUUUGCUGUCACUGUAGUUGCAGGGGCUGUUUUAUUUUUCAUAUAAAUGCAAAAUGUAAUUUUCUCAGGUUCCAUUUUAAUUGAAAGUGGGAUUUACAACAGCAAUUGAAACCGGAUGACCCUAGCCUCGUCUCCAUGGCGAUGAGAGUGCAGAUAGAGGGGUGGACAUUGGUUAUUUUGUACUUCAUUUGCAACAUGUGCCAUUUGAGUACUGUACAGUGGUUGCAGUACACAUUUUAUGUUGUUUAUUUUAUUGUUCUGACAUUGUUCUUCAGUGUAAUAGCUUUAGAUGAAAAACCAACAGGGUGUAUGUUAUUGGUAGAAAAUCAUAAACAUGGCAAAAAUGGCGUGAAGAGAGCAUACUACCUGUUAACCCCGAUUUGAAAUAAAGGGAAUUGUCAAAGUAAAAAUGUAAUUUAUAACUAAUCGUGCUAACUUUAUUCAUUGUUGGCUUCAACAUUUCUGGUUACAUUCCAUUUUCGUCUAUGUGGACAAAAAGAAACAAC